AUGUACUCGGCAACAUCACACUUGAAAGCCUCUGGUACUAGCAACCAUCAUCAAUCACAGCAGCAGUUGCCUGCAGUUAAUUCUCAUGAAUCUCUGCUAGAUGGUCAGCAACAGCAGCAGCAGCAAGAUGAUGAAGAACUGGAUGAUUUGAAGGAAGAAGAUAACAAUGUUACUACUAGUGGAGGUGGUGAUGGUGAUAAUAGUGAUAAAAAAGGAAAUAGUGAAGGUGGAGGCAGUGGAGGGGCUGGUGGUAGCGCUGGAACCACAGAAAGAAGUGGAGGCAGCUCUGGGCUCAGUUUGAAAGAGAGAGAAAGUAUUUACGAGUGGUCAUAUGAUGAGCCUGAAGAGAGCAACCAGCCCUACAAAACCAAAUACCAGCUGUUCUCACACCUGCGCCGCAGCAAUGUCGACCGCCCAUACAAGUGCUUGCACUGUGAAAAGUGCUUUGCUACCACGUCGCAUCUCAAGUCCCACUUGCGCACGCACACUGGAGAGAAACCGCACCGUUGCCACAAGUGUCCACGUGCUUUCUCAGAGCAGUCGUCAUUGAAGCGCCACCUGCGCUUGCACAGUGGAGAACGUCCUUACGUAUGUGUCUACUGUUCGGAGGCUUUCUAUAACCAAACCUCGCUCAAGAAUCACCUUGCAAAGCAUACAGGGGAUAAACCAUAUAAGUGUGUCCGAUGCCAAAAAUCAUUUAUCCAUGCAUCUCAUCUCAAAUCACAUUUGCGCACCCACACUGGUGAGAAGCCUUUUGUGUGUAUUGAAUGCAACAGGUCAUUCUCGGAGCGAACCUCUCUACGUCGACACAUGCGUAUCCACACUGAUGAAAAGCCUUACGCCUGUGCAGAGUGUGGUAAAGCAUUCCACAACCAGUCCUCCCUCAAGUACCAUAUCACUAGUCACAAUUCAUCCAAAAAUACUCAAGAUGGAACGUCUACUGGCAAUGGAGUUGCUGAUGAAGGAGAAGCAGGAGAUGGCCAUGCUGGAAACAAAUCUCAAAAGUCAGCUAAUUCACUUCCUAAUGCUGCUGGUUCAACUGCAUCAAAGAAAGGUGCAUUUAAGUGUAGUGAGUGCAAUAAAACUUUCCCCACUGAAGCCACACUGAAAAGACACUCUACGCUGCAUUCAGGGGAACGCCCUUUCAAAUGCACUCAGUGUGGCAAGGGUUUUUUCCGUCAGGUAGGAUUACAACAGCAUGUGCGAACCCAUACUGGGGAGAAGCCAUAUCUUUGCGUGCAUUGUAGCAAAAAAUUCUCUCAACAUUCUGGUCUCAAGCGGCAUCUACGCAUACACACAGGUGUUCGGCCGCAUCAGUGUUCACUUUGUGAAAAGGCAUUCUGUGAACUUUCGUCCCUUAAGAAUCAUGUAGCCACAACUCAUUCUGCUAGUGGCUCAGAACAGCCACAAGAAUUAUGGCACUGCACUUAUUGUACAGAUAGUUUCCAAGAAGAGAUUGCUCUUCAACGUCACAUGAACUCGGUUCACACUGCUGUUGAAAAUGCACUAAAAGAAGAAAACAUGGAAGUCGUAUCCAAACCACAAAAAGUACCAGAGAGUCCAGGGUUAAUUCAGACCUUUAAGUGUAACCACUGUUCCAAGAUUUUCACGCAAGCUCCUCUCCUACGUGACCAUAUUGCUGACGUCCAUGCAAAAAGCACUCCAACUGGAGCCAACAGCGCGCUGCAGGCAAAUCCUAAAGUAUCAUGCACUUGUGUCCAUUGUGGCAAGGCAUUUAGUCAUCGCACAUCGUUGCAGCGGCAUGUCCGCACUCACACUGGGGAAAAUCUGCAUCAAGUGUUAACAUUUGUGUCACCUGGUAAAGGGGAAUAUUUUGCACCGACAGAUGCUCUUUCCGCUGCUGCAGUUGCUGCUGAAGAUGCAGCAAACAAUGUCUCAUCUAUCAACAAUGAUAACAAUGAUGAUGAUGACGAUGAUGAUGACGACGACGACGAUGAUGAUGAUGACGACGAGGAGGAUGAUGAUGAUGACAACGAUGACGAUGAUGACGAUGAUGAUGAAGAGGAAGAACAAGAACAGGCUGCGUCCAAUGAUACUGUAUCAUCUUCAGCAGCAAUUUUUCGUAACUUAUCUAUCUAUCUAUCUAUCUAUCUAUCUAUCUAUCUAUCUAUCUAUAUAUAUAUAUAUAUAUUGACGUGGAAGUUGGCCAAUGGAACCCCCUCCGAAAAAAACAAGAAGUAUAACGAGGGAAUUUUUAAAAAAAUCUAUCUAUCUAUCUAUCUAUCUAUCUAUCUAUCUAUCUAUCUAUCUAUCUAUCACCAGCGAAAAAUAUCUUGUCGAAAAAUAUUAGUUAAAAAUUAA